GAUGCUGGGUAAGCGUGACGAGGCGAGCGAGGAAGCCAUGAUAGACGUGGCGUACACGCAGAGCGCCGGCGAGCGCCAGGUGGUGGCGGUGGUACAGAAGCUCUAUCUGUGCGCCAGCGUGGACUUUCUCAUGGCAGUGGCAGACUUCUUCAUCCAGGCCCUGCCCCAGAGCUCUGCCCAGGACGUGCCCACUCACACCAAGCUAGCCCUGCCAGGCCUGGCCAAGACCUCCCAGCUACCCCUCAAACAGCUGGCCGAGCUUCGGGAUAGAGCCAACACUGACCCCAGAACAGGCUCCAGUCCCAGGACCAAGCUGCGUGCAGUCAUACUAGACCCAGAGGUGGUGUUUGUGGCUAACCUGAUGAGAGCCGACGCUCCGGCCCUGGUUACCUCCUUCCAAUGUGACUUCAGUCUGAUGCUAGAGCCUGGGGGAGGGCCCGGGGCCCCUGGGGGACAAAGCAUGACGGCCAACCUCAGAGAGCUCAAAGUUCUAGCCUGUCCCUUCAUCAGGACCAAUGAGACCAAGGUGGUCACUACGGUGCUACGUCCGUGUUCUGUCUUCCUGGAAACCAAAACCCACCCCAACCAACCCCUUUCCGGCUGUGUGACUGUGGAGGAAGUCAUUAUCAAAAUCUCCCCUGUCAUCCUGAACACAGUGAUGACCAUCACGGCAGCCAUGACGGCGAAACCCAAAGACGAGGCAGCAGAGGAGGAGAAGACCGAGGUCGGCAACCUGUGGUCCACCAUGAACAUCUACGCCUGCAACUACUGGUUCCUGGGAGUGGACUCUGCCAGCGAGGUGACGGAGAGUUUCAGUGACCAGGACGGCCGUAACUUUGGGGAGAGUUUCAAGGUGGAUGUGAAGGUUAUUCAGGUGACCAUGGAGUCUGGUCUGGGCCACAGGACGGUCCCCCUGCUGCUGGCUGAGAGCUCUCUGUCUGGGACGGCCAAGAACUGGUCCUCCCUCCUCUACCUCUGCUCUGACAUGACCCUGGAGGUGAACUACUUCAAUGAGACCCAUGCUGUCUGGGAACCGCUGAUAGAGAGAGUGGAGGACGGCAAACGCAGGUGGAACCUCAAGCUAGAGAUGAAGAACAACCCCGUGCAGGAUAAGAGCCCUGUUCCCGGGGAUGACUUCGUGGUUCUCCCCGAGCCACGCACCGCCAUCAACAUCUGUUCCAAAGACACCAUGAACAUCACCGUCUCUAAGUGCUGCCUCAAUGUAUUAACCAACCUGGCCAAGGCAUUCUCUGAGGGCACAGCCUCUACCUUUGACCACAGUCUGAAGGAGAAGGCCCCCUUCACCAUCCGUAAUGCGCUGGGCAUCCCUCUCACCGUGCAGCACAGUGCCAACCUGCGGGUGGUGGCCUCCCCUGGGCAGGGCAAGCUCCACGAGGUGGGGGUAGGGCAGAGCGUGGACCUGGAGUACUCUGGGUCGGGAACCUCGACACGGGGCAAACUGUCUGCUUUGCAACGCCAGGAGAGCUGCCUCUUCAACCUCAGCAUCGCUCCUACAGGUUACAGUGAGAUCUCCAACAUGGCGGUGGAUCAGCCUGGCAGGAGGCUGUAUAACGUUAGAGAUCCCGUGCUGCAGGAGAACGUGUCUGUGUUGGUACAGAUUGACGCCUCAGAAGGAAACAAGGUCAUCACCGUCCGAUCUCCGCUACAGAUCCAGAACCAUUUCUCAGUGCCGUUUACCAUCCUGAAGUAUUGUCCCAAAUCCAGAGGGAUGGUUAAUAUAGGACUGGCAGAGCCCGAGAAAGAGUCUGAUGUAGCCCUGGACUCCUACAGGUGUCAGCUCUUCCUCCAGCCAGCUGGGCACCUGGAGGGCCAGUACGGCCCGUCGUCUACCUGUAUCGCCUGGAAGGAGCAGGUCCACCUGAGCUCUGAGGUGCGGUCCCUUCUCCAGUGUCCGUCGGCAGACAGCAGCUUCCUGCCCUAGGUGACCACCUUGGCCACACCAGAUCACCUGUCCUUCAUUUCCUCCCAGCGAGAGGACGACUGGGACCCUGCCUACGUCAUCCACCUUCACCCAGCUGUGACCCUCCGGAACCUUCUGCCUUACAGCAUCAGAUAUCUUCUCCAGGGCUCAGCAGAGUUCCAUGAGCUCCAGGAAGGCAGUACGGCAGACGUCCUGAACGCCCGUAUAGGAGGUGAGAUCAUGGAGAUGGUCCUGGUUAAAUACCAGGGUCGGAACUGGUCCGGACGUAUCCGUAUCGCCCAGGACAUGCAGGAGUUCUUCCUGUGCUUCACCUGCGACUCGGCCGAGAAGCUGAGCGUGGAUCUGAGCGUGCACGUGGCGCGCUGCAUGGACGCUCUGACGCUGGCUGUGUUCAGCCCGUUGAUCGUCAAUAAGACGUCCAGGGUUCUGCAGUACCGGGAGGACGUCUCCGUCAAACACGCGUCGGACUUCAGGGACGCCGUCCUCUUCUCCUUCAAGAAAAAGAACAUCUUCAGCAAGAACAAGCUGCAGCUCUGUGUGUCCACCAGUUCCUGGUCUGAUGGCUUCUCAUUGGAUACGGUGGGGAGUUAUGGGUGUGUCAGAUGCCCUGCCAACACCAUGGACUAUCUGGUUGGCGUCAGCAUUCAGAUGAGUAGUUUCAACCUGACCAAGAUGGUGACCAUGAGUCCGUUCUUCACGUUGGUCAACAAGUCUUCCUACGAGCUGGAGGUGGGAGAGGUGCAGACAGAGGAGGGCAGCGUCAACGGGAAGUGGCACUACAUCUCCUCUACAGAGUGCCUCCCCCUCUGGCCAGAGUUGAUCACAGGGAAGCUGUGUGUCAGGGUCGUGGGCUCAGACUCCAAGUCCAAGUCCUUCUUCUUCAACAAACAGGACAACGGCACCCUGCUGGGCAUGGAUCAGUAUGGAGGUGUGUUAGUCGAUGUGAACAUCUCAGACAACUCUACUGUGAUCAGCUUCACUGACUAUUAUGAUGGAGCUGCUCCAGCUCUCCUAGUCAACCACACACCCUGGGUUGUCAUCACCUACAGACAGAGCGGUUCCACAGAGAGCAGAGCGCUGAAUCCAGGAGAAGCCCAGAGGUUUGCCUGGGACAACCCUGCAGGGGUCCGCAAACUCAGCUGGAAGUGUCAGGAGCACAGCAGUGGAGACCUGGACCUGGUUAAGGAUGAGUGUGGUCAGUUUGCGUACGACGGUCUAUCCCAGGUCCACUGGGUGUCCUUCCUGGAUGGUCGCCAGCGCGUGCUGCUCUUCACCGAGGACGUUGCCGUGGUGACCAAGGCGCGGCAGGCGGAGGAGCUGGAGCAGUUCCAACAGGAAGUGAACGUGUCACUGCAGAACCUUGGCCUGUCACUCGUCAACAACGACAACCGCCAGGAGAUCGCAUAUGUCGGCAUCACCAGCUCUGGUGUGGUGUGGGAGAUGAGACCUAAGAGCCGAUGGAAGCCUUUCAACCAGAGGAACAUCAGGCUGUUGGAGAAGGCCUACCAGAAACACCUGGCUGGAGGCACACCUGAGCCCGGCUGGGUCAAACUGGAGACCAGCUUAGAGGUGAACUUUGGGAAGGUUCCCAUGGUGAUGCGUCAGCCCUUUUCCAGUACUAUCAGGAGGAACUUCCUGUCUGGGAUUCAGGUGGAGUUUAAACAGUCGCCUCAUCAGAGAAGUCUCCGGGCCCAGCUACACUGGCUACAGGUUAACAACCAGCUGACUGGAGCUUUAUUCCCCAUUGUGUUCCCCCCUGUUCCUCCUCCAAAGUCCAUCGCUCUGGACUCAGAACCAAAGCCUUUUAUGGACGUCAGCAUCAUCACCAGGUUUAACCAACACAGUCAGGUCACGCAGUUCAAGUACUUCAUGGUUCUGGUCCAGGAGAUGGCUGUGAAGAUUGACCAGGGAUUCCUGGGAGCCAUCUUGGCCCUGUUCACCCCAGCUGCCGAAUCGCAUGUGGACAAACAGAAGACCAAGCUGAUAGAGAAGGACUUGGCGAUGUUACAGGCUGAAUUGAUGGAGGCGUCCAUGACCGACAACUCAGGCCUCAGCUUCUUUGAAUACUUCCACAUCUCCCCCAUCAAACUACACCUCAGUCUGUCUCUGGGCUCUAGUGGAGACGAGUCUGGUCAACAGGAGAUGAUGGCCAUCCAGUCAGUCAACCUUCUGUUGAAGAGUCUUGGAGCGACACUGACCGACGUAGAUGACCUCAUCUUCAAACUUGCCUACUAUGAGGUAAACUACCAGUUCUACAGGACAGAGAAGCUGAUGUGGGCUGUGAUUAGACAUUACAGUGAGCAGUUCCUGAAACAGAUGUAUGUGUUGGUGCUGGGCCUGGAUGUCCUGGGGAACCCGUUCGGCCUGAUCAGAGGCCUGUCUGAAGGAGUGGAGGCCUUCUUCUACGAGCCCUUCCAGGGAGCGGUUCAGGGACCUGAGGAGUUCGCUGAGGGCUUUGUGAUCGGAGUACGCAGUCUACUGGGUCACACUGUCGGUGGCGCUGCAGGCAUGGUGUCCCGUAUUACGGGGUCAGUGGGUAAAGGACUGGCUGCCAUCACCAUGGAUAAAGAGUACCAGCAAAAAAGACGGGAGGAGAUGAACAGACCACCCAGAGACUUUGGAGAGAGUCUGGCCAAGGGAGGCAUGGGAUUCUUUAAGGGGGUCGUUGGUGGGGUAACAGGCAUCGUCACCAAACCUGUGGAAGGGGCCAAGAAGGAGGGAGCGGCGGGGUUCUUCAAGGGCAUAGGGAAGGGUCUGGUGGGGGUGGUGGCCAGGCCGACAGGGGGCAUCGUAGACAUGGCCUCCAGCACCUUCCAAGGCAUACAGAGGGUGGCAGAGUCGACAGAGGAAGUGACCAAGCUGAGGCCGGUCAGACUGAUCCGAGAGGACGGAAUCAUCCGCCCUUACGACCAGGAGGACGCCAAGGGAUACGACCUUUUCCAGGUUAGCAACCCACCUUAGGACACUAAAACACCCAUGGCUGGAGGUAGACUUGUCCAGGUUAGCAACCCACCUUAGAAGGACACUAAAACACCCAUGGCUGGAGGUAGACUUGUCCAGGUUAGCAACCCACCUUAGAAGGACACUAAAACACCCAUGGCUGGAGGUAGACUUGUCCAGGUUAGCAACCCACCUUAGGACACUAAAACACCCAUGGCUGGAGGUAGACUUGUCCAGGUUAGCAACCCACCUUAGAAGGACACUAAAACACCCAUGGCUGGAGGUAGACUUGUCCAGGUUAGCAACCCACCUUAGGACACUAAAACACCCAUGGCUGGAGGUAGACUUGUCCAGGUUAGCAACCCACCUUAGAAGGACACUAAAACACCCAUGGCUGGAGGUAGACUUGUCCAGGUUAGCAACCCACCUUAGGACACGAAAACACCCAUGGCUGCUGGAGGUAGACUUGUCCAGGUUAGCAACCCACCUUAGAAGGACACUAAAACACCCAUGGCUGGAGGUAGACUUGUCCAGGUUAGCAACCCACCUUAGAAGGACACUAAAACACCCAUGGCUGGAGGUAGACUUGUCCAGGUUAGCAACCCACCUUAGAAGGACACUAAAACACCCAUGGCUGGAGGUAGACUUGUCCAGGUUAGCAACCCACCUUAGGACACUAAAACACCCAUGGCUGGAGGUAGACUUGUCCAGGUUAGCAACCCACCUUAGGACACUAAAACACCCAUGGCUGGAGGUAGACUUGUCCAGGUUAGCAACCCACCUUAGAAGGACACUAAAACACCCAUGGCUGGAGGUAGACUUGUCCAGGUUAGCAACCCACCUUAGAAGGACACUAAAACACCCAUGGCUGGAGGUAGACUUGUCCAGGUUAGCAACCCACCUUAGAAGGACACUAAAACACCCAUGGCUGGAGGUAGACUUGUCCAGGUUAGCAACCCACCUUAGGACACUAAAACACCCAUGGCUGGAGGUAGACUUGUCCAGGUUAGCAACCCACCUUAGGACACUAAAACACCCAUGGCUGGAGGUAGACUUGUCCAGGUUAGCAACCCACCUUAGGACACUAAAACACCCAUGGCUGGAGGUAGACUUGUCCAGGUUAGCAACCCACCUUAGGACACUAAAACACCCAUGGCUGGAGGUAGACUUGUCCAGGUUAGUAACCCACCUUAGGACACUAAAACACCCAUGGCUGGAGGUAGACUUGUCCAGGUUAGCAACCCACCUUAGGACACUAAAACACCCAUGGCUGGAGGUAGACUUGUCCAGGUUAGCAACCCACCUUAG